UUCCCACAAAUAGCUUCGAGAUGCGGUUGCUCUACGCAUUAUUUCUGGUUGUUCCCGUACUCGUCCACGGGGAAAACCUGAGCCAAGACACUUGGUAUACCCGGGAAGUGAAGCGCCAGGCCAAGGCUGCAGAAAUCUCGAGCUUCAUGAACAAAAACGUAGAUCCCUGCGAGAAUUUCUACAAAUUCGCAUGUGGCAGCUACGAACGCAUCAACUCAGCGUUCAGUCUCCAGUUGGUUUCAACCGGAUUAUUCGACACCCUGACCAAGGGCUACAACCGCAAGAUCUUGAAGAUGCUGAACACUCCGACGGAUGAGCACGACACCGCUGAGGAUCUGCAGGUGAAACACUUCUAUGAGUCAUGCCUCGAAAUAAAAGACCUUUUGCCGAACUACCCUGAGAAGCUGAGAAACCUCAUAUCUGAGUUCGGGACGAUGCCAGUUCUCGAGGGAGACUCCUGGCAGGAGGAUGACUUUGACUGGGUGGAGACCACAGCCAGGAUGGCCCACAGCUAUGGAAUAUCCCCGCUUAUUGGCUUGGACGUCUCUAAAGACAUUGCCAAUAACAGCAUCAAUAGGAUAUAUUUGGGACAGCAGGAGUUCCCUUUGGAGUCUCGCAGCAUGUACGUUGACAAUGAGACCCAAAUCUAUCGGAAAAAGUACCAAGGCACCAUAAAGAGUUAUUUGCAAACUUUUCUUGGAGUCGAGAAAGCUCUGGCGCAACGAACCGCCAAGGAGCUAAUCAAUUUUGAGGUCGACCUUGCCCGCGGAUUGGUGGACGAGUCUGACGGCCUGGAUAUCAAAAAUCUAACAGAACUGAUAAGUAUCGCUGAGAUGAAUAAGCGCUACGCCCCCACCCUGGACAUAUCGCGACUGGUCUCCAUCACGCUGGACGAGAAGGUGACGGACGAUAUCUACGAGUUCGGUUCCCGUUUUCAGCGUAAUCUGGUAGAGGUCCUAAAACGCACUCCCAGGCGAACGGUGGCCAACUAUAUGUACUUCCGCCUCAUCUACGAAUUCAUUGAGAUCCCAGCCGAUUCCCCCGAGAAACAAGAAAAGGAUUGUCUGACUAUCGUCAAGAAAAUAUUCGCCAAGAAUCUUGAUAACAUGUUCUACAGGCGGUACAACAAUGAUAAGUCUUCCGCUGAGAUAGAGUCCAUUUGGCGUCAACUGAAGGCCACCUUCAGGGAGUCGUUGCGCUCCAGUCCCCUGCUGGACUGGAUCGAGAGACCCAUCCGGAACCUUGCCAUUGCCAAGCUGGAGGGCAUGACUCUACAGGUGAGCAACUACGUCGACCACAACUUUACCGCGGAGUUCGAGGGCCUGAAUCUGCAGAGCACCGACUAUGUUGAGAAUUUCCGCCAGAUAAGUCUGGUGGCAGCUCGUCAAACUCGACAGAAGCUCCACCAACCCGCGGAACCUCUGGAUGCCGGCGAAACGCUUAGCUAUACACCAGCCAAUAUCCUGGUAGAGAAUACCAUCAAAGUGCCGGUGUCGCUGCUCCAGCCCUUCUACAUUUGGGCCGAUGUCUAUCCCAAUGCGAUCACGUUCGGAUCCCUGGCCUACUUGAUUGGGCACGAGCUAAUCCACGGUUUUGAUGAUACUGGUCGGGGAUUCGAUUCCCAUGGUAAUGCACAUGACUGGUGGGACGAAAGGUCGAGCAACAGCUUCCAGGAUCGGAGGAAGUGCUUCACCAGACAGUAUGGGAACUACGCGUACGAUGGGAUUCAGUUGAAGAAGUCCAUUGCGCAGUCGGAGAACAUCGCCGACAAUGGAGGCGUCCGGCUUGCGUACACCGCCUACAGGAAGUGGUACGACGAACAGCUAAGAACAUAUGGAGGUGCACUGGAACUGGAAGAGGAGCGCCUGCCCACACUGAACUACUCCGGGUUGCAGCUGUUCUUCAUAAGCUUUGCACAGAUUUGGUGCAACGAUGUUCAUCCCGUUGUGAGGGCUAUGCAGGUAUCCACUGAUCAGCACAUGCCCGGCCAGAUUCGUGUCAUUGGAUCCUUGUCCAACUUCGACCAGUUUUCGGAGGUCUUCCAGUGCCCAGCGGGCUCGCCCAUGAACCCCGCAGAGAAGUGUGUUCUUUACUAGAACUGGCAGUGAUUCUUUGUGGUCCAUUUGGGGUAAUUUAGUAAUGUUUUGUAAUAAAAGGAAAUACUUGUGUCAAAAAUAUAUAAUGCAGGUAGCAGUUUGGGAAA